CACCUCUGACUGAUAAUUGUCUCAAGCAAAAACUAUAUUUUUAGGGUUUUAUAGGUGGGUGGCGGUGGAGAUGGGAUUUUCGCUUUUGAUUUUUUUUUUUCGUUUUGUUUUAGUUUUUGCUUUAUGGCUGGAAGCUAGUGCUGUAUCGUCCACUGAACAACUGAAAAUCUUGAAAGUUUUGAGCAAAAGUAACAGAAAAGGAAGUAAAUAAACAGCGUUAGCUGCUCGAUCCGUCUUUCUGCUCUCUGAAAUAGGAAGUCUGGAUUUCUAUCACGUGUAAAUCAAAUUAAGCAUUGUCAGCUAAGACGAACGCAGAACUUAUGCAGCUGAGGGCUUAAGUGUUUCCUCAUCGGCUGUGUUUAAUUACCCCGCUCGUACAGCCCGAGCUUGAAAAUGACGGCAAUAGAGUACGAAAUAAAACGACCUACCGCCUCUACAGCCGGCAUGGAUGUGACCCUCAUAGGCGUGAUUUAUGGGGCUGCAUCAUAUUCACUUUUUUCUGACUGCCUCACAGGUUAGUAUGCAACCGUAACACAGUGACGUACUCGUUCUGAACCACGUGACUUCUGAGUAGUCAUGUAAGUCUGCGAGCUUCUGAUGAAAGCCAACUGUCAACCUCUCUUCAUGAACCAGGAAAAGAGUGCGUCAGGCAGAUAAUCUUUUGUUGCUUUCUCUCUGCGAUGUUGUCGUUGACGACGAACUGGCUGCAGUCCUCUUCGCGCGACGAGUAGUCACAGGCCAGCGGCAGUCCACACGAAGGCCAGAGUCCUUUCAGUGUCGUGUCUGGAUCGCUCGAGUCAUCAGGAUCACACAUCAACAGACCUGUUACUCUUUACUUCUGGACCCAAGGAGCUGCACAGGUCUUUGUCUCACUUUGUCUGUCGGACAAGAAGGGACUCGGGGUCCGUUGACGUGUAACGGCAAUGUUUUUCCAACUGACGCUGUCAAGUCCGUGCUUCAUGAGCUUUGCGAACUGUCCAAGGACUGCGAGCUCCUCGUCAUCCAUGCUGUUGUUGCUGCUCAUGCUGGUGGUGCUCGACACACACGCAGUCAUGAUGCCAGUGGAGCCUGCAGGAGUUUGGCGGUGAGAAAUAUCACGUCUUCAGGGUGCAAUGCAUCACAGGCAGAGUGUAGGUGGUCCAUGUCAGAAGAAAAGUGUGUGACCAAAAACGUUUGCAAACUGAAGUGUAACGGCAGGGACGAUUUUCCUUCACAGCAGAACCCAAUGACAGAUUCGCUUAAGCCAUCAAUGUCUGUUAGUUCGCCGGUAAGCCAAAGGAAAUACCAGACCUCAAUGCAAGCAGUGAGGUGUGGAUGAUUAACAGUUCUCAUCCAUGUGUAAUAAAUAACACUACAACCACCCAAUCUGGGCGUCUGUCGCUGUCAUUGUGGAUGAAGGUCUCCAGUAGAAACUGCACAUUGGUGCAUGUGGAAGGGGUAGCCACUUUAGAAGUGAAAGAAAGUCACUUGUGUCUGGAUGGACACUUGCGAUAGAACUAGCAUAAUAGGGAACUGGACCAUGUAGUUCUACAGGUCAUAAAUGAUGGAGCUUAUGCAAUUGUCAAUGGAAAUUUUGAUAAUCAAAAUGUCUCCAAACAAACAGCAAAUCCUGCAAUGCAGAGAAAGACUUUCAAUGUGACCAUUGGUAAUGUUACAGACAGUGAUGCCCAUUAUGAGAUCUAUGAUCUUCGUUUAUUUAAUGACACUUUAACAGAAAGAGAAGUCAAGAUGCUUUACACUGGAGUUCUACCACCUGCUGGAUUACUACCUGCUUGCCGCUGUCCAUCUGCAUACCCUAGGCUAAAGCAAAGUGAUAAUUACACCUGUGUGAAUAGUUCAAACAAUGACAUGAAACGAUUGCAAGUAACUUACAAUGAUCUUGAUGUGUUAAUUGACAAAAAUUCCAAGGCAUAUUGGUUAGUACCACCUGGCAACAUUACUCUUCAAGUUGAACUGAUGGAUGAUUAUCAGGUUGAAACAAUCCUCAUUAAUAUCCUCAAUGGAACACCACAGUACUCAGUACAGUACAGUACUCAGUUUCCUGAUGAUAUGAUCACAUGCAAUACAAGUUCCUGCCUCAUAAACAGGACCGUAGCCAGAACAUUGAAUUUGACAUUUCUUGAGACAAAGGAGAAUAUAGUUCUCAAGGAUCUUACCCUAAGAGGGAGGUGCAACAGUGGCUAUUUUAACAUUGAGCGUCCUAACAGUUCUGUUAAUUGUGUGCCUUGCAACUGUACAAAAUAUGGAGCACUGAACUUAAGCUGUGAAAGUAAUGGACAGUGCUAUGGCCGGCCAAAUAUGCAAGGCUUGACAUGCAGUGAAUGCAAGAAUGGAACAAAAGAAUUGCAGUUACAGGACUGUGAAGUGCAUGUGAAUUCUAUGGAGCCAUCACAUGGGCCGCAAGCUGGAGGAACAACAGUAACCAUCAAGGUUACCUGCUUGGCAGUAGCAAUCAGCCAGUUCACAUAUUUCUUGACAAUGUCGAACAGAAUGUAACUAAGCACAAUGACACUGUGAUCAUCUUUAAGACAUCUCCAAGUUCAGCAACAGGUUCCAGAUUUUUACAGAUCAGCUGGGGUGUUCUUUAUUGCCCUUUCCCUUCAAAGCUGUCUUUUAGCUAUCAUCUGAAUCCUGUUCUCUCA